CCCUCAUGCAGUAUCAAAUUUUCAAAUUAAUUCAUCUUUCACAGCAAAGUGCUUUGGCCUUCUAUGGAUAAAUGGAUAAAGAAGAGAAAAGACCAUGAAACUGCACAAUCUGUUCCUGAUAGUAUUAUAGCAUUAACACUCAGGCUAAUUGGUCGAUUGGGACAAAUAGGUUUGAAGGAAGGAUAUCUUUCUGCUGUGAAGAAUAUUAGUUCUGUAAUUGGACUGUUUGUACAGCAUGCAAAAGAGGAAGGUGUUCCAUGGGGUGUGCAGCUGGCGGCCAUAUAUUCACUGUGUGACUUGGGUUCAAGCAAUCCAGCUGGUAUUGUUGGGGCCAUCCAUGCUUGGAGAGCAGCAGUUCUUAACAGCAUCCCUUUUGCGGUCACAAGAGGCUUAGCUGAAGUCAGUUCUUUGUGUAAAAUGGACCUACCCUAAAACAUAGUUAAAAGAUCCUGUCUGAAGAAGUGCCGUACUUUACUAAGCAGAAAUUGGUUCCAGAUAAGAGCAAUACAAAGUUGUAUCUUCUUCUUAAAAGAAUGUCUGAUCAUACGAAGCAAGCUCAACUGUUUUAUUUGGCUUUUCUGCUUGAGGGCGGAGUUUUAAAAGAAGUAAAAAGGCUUGCAUUUCCAAAUAACUCAUCAGUGCUCUUGAAAGCCAGUAUGGUUUUGAUUUCCAAGACAUUUCUGGCUUAAUGUCAAUAAUGAUCGGUAGUUAUUUCAAUUGGGAGCAUGGGCAUUUCGCUACAGCAGAAGACUGAGCCUGGCUGAAACUUGGCUCUAUUAUUUUGUACUAUAUUUGUAAAGUAGUUGUUCAGAUAGCAGAAUUUUGCCCAGAUUCUGCUUUAUUUUCCUUGAGCAAUUUCAUCAACUUAAUAUUAAAUACUUGUGUAAAGGAGGUAGAACUUGUCUUACAGUCACUUAUAGAGUAACAGAGAUAUGAAAUCUCUGAACUUGUAAAUAUGGUAUAUCCUGAUAAUGUGUUUUUUACAUUUGAUAUUGUUCCACUUGGGGAAUUUUGUGAAUGUAAAUAGAAAGUUGGUUCAGAAGAAGUUUAAACUUCUAAUGAUAGCUUCACUACACCCUCCAUUUUUUUAUCUUCCAUAAUAAAAGAAGUAAACACUGUUA